AUGGCUAGGGGACUUCUCACAUUCAUCAUAGUCCAACAGCUUGCCAAAGACCAUGGAAGCUAUCCACAUUUGGAUCCAUCACCUGCACCAGGUGAACACGAAAUCGCCGCCCUGAUGUUCUGGUUCUUUGCUGUGAUGGCCUCCCUCAUGUCCGCAAUUGGAUAUUGGGAUAUGAGAAAGACAUCAGUAUCUUUCGCAUCAGUAUCGGCAUUUAAGAUUUUCUUGAAGAUAGCAUUUGUCUUCCUGCUAGCCGACAUUAUCUUCUGUUCGUACCUAGCCAUCUUCAUGUGGGUCGUGGAGAUGAUGGAGCCUACUUGGAACAACGAGGAACAAAUUACGCGCCUUGGUAAUAUUUGUUAUGCCAUAUUUACUGGAACUGGGACUGGAUGGUAUCUUCAAGUCUGCCUGGUUGCGAUUCUUAGUAUUUUGGAAUGGAGUAAGCAACCACAGACUGUGGAUGAGGAGGAUAUGGCCUUGAUUCUUCAUGAUAGCAAUCUGAAUUAUGCGACUACAAGCAUUAUUUGUAGGAAUCGCCAGAAUAAACAGCGCGAAGAGCGACUGCGAGAGGAACUUGAGGAACGCGAACGACGAUUUCGGUUCUUAUAUUGGGGCCGCCGAAUUUGGAACAGCCGCCGUUGA